AGUAUGGAUCCGGUCCCGGAGCAGCGGCGUGGUGCAGCAGCUCGUGCGCAGGGUUUACUAUCAGCCCGUAGACCAGGGUCACGGACACCAUCCCGCUGGCCCGCCGUGGCCGCGCGCGCACAUUAAAACCAACCGUCGGAACGAGGAAGUCAUGUCGCGCACCUGCUCCGCCUCCUGACCUCCAUUCGACGCCUUCCGCGACACCGACAACCAGCAGCAAGUCGUGAAAGCCUCCUGCGGCGGGGUCAGCGUGUCCGGGACCGUCUCUUACUCCAUCGCUGUACGUACGUGUUGUUAACGUUGAGGUGUCGUUGAAGCCCCAUCAUGGCAGAAGCGGAAGAGGAGAGAGGGCCGGAGGAGACUCAGCCGACUGCCCCCACAGAGGGCGCGGAGGAGCGGCCAGCGGCCCGCCCCCAGCCGCCUGGUGACCUCUUCGUGGAGCCAUUGCUGCACCAGUUUAAGACCCGGAGGUUCUUCGUGUUGAGGCCUGGCACUCUGAAACAGGCCAUCAAAGACGUUGAAGCUCUGGUGGAUGAAGAAGUAGAUGGCAGCGUUCACAGCAUUUGGCUGACAGCAGAGGUGGAUCACUGGGACAAUGAGAAAGAGCGCCUCGUCCUCAUCACGGACAACUCCCUCCUGGUCUUCAAGUACGACUUCGUCAUGUUCAACUGUGACCAAAUGCAGAGGAUCCCGCUGAACAUCAUCGACCGCAUCGCCCACGGCCAAUUCAGCUUCCCAAAGAACUCCCUGCUUCAGAGGGAGGGGGAGGGGUUGCGAGUCUUCUGGGACCGGCUGAGGGAGCCCUCCUUCAGCUCCAGGUGGAACCCCUUCGCCACCGACUUCCCCUUCGUCACCUUCAUCGACCACCCUGUGAGGAGCAUCGGCGACGCGUUCGCUGCCCUCUGCGACAUGCAGACCUUUCGAGAGCGGCUCAAGGAGGCGGCGCAGAAGGCCCACGCCAUGAAGCCCUUUCCCGGGAAGGCCAACGGGGUCCUGGUCCUGAACCAGCGGAUCCACAUCCAGGCCUACGUGGGCCUCAUGUCUUUGAUCGGGAACCAGAACAGACUGGGAUACUGCAUGGCCCGAGGAAACAUCGGCUUCUAACGCCUCCUGCUUUUCAUGUAAUAGUUUUGUUAGUCAGAUUAUUACGCCUUGAAUUCAUGUUUGUACGUUGGUUCCGUCAAAUUCUUUCAGGAUUGACCAGACGUUCCAUAUUGGGGUUUGCUUUAGUGCCACUUUUGAGCCUGGAUUCUCAGGAUGUUGUGUGUGAGGUUAACACACCCGUGUGAUCUCCCCCUCUGCUUAUUACCAGUGUGAAACAUCCGCAUUUCACAGGCUGUCGAAUCCCCCGCUGCUCCUCAGCGGAAGGGUAAUCCCACUGGUUUCCUAACGGGACUCCUUUGUUCCUCCCCCGGUGCGUCUGUUAAAAGGCUCAUUCCCAUGCCACUCAGCCCCAGAGAGAGUCACCGCAGCACGGGGCCCAUUCAGUGUCAUCAUCCUGUGUGUUUUUACAGUGCAGACAUGUUCAGUGUGUGAUGUGUGUGUUUACUGUGUCUUUCCGCCUGCUUUUGGUGUCAGUGUGUAAUUGGUUCUCUUGUCCUUUUGUGGUGGUAUAAAAUAUGCAGAUUUUUCUUUGCGCCGUCUAUUAUCAUAUGAAGCAAGAAUGCAUGUCCUGUUGCUGCAGUGAAUAUUAUCAUCACUGGGAGAAGUUCCUGUAAUUUAUUACACAUUUUAAAUACUAAUCCUCUCAGUGAGGCUGAUGUCAAUGAGACGCAUUUAAACAUUAAACAUCUUUCCUAAUUGA